AUCCAUGUCAUUCUAUAUAUCAUUAUAUCUAAUUCUAAUUUAUUUAGUUUUUUUUUUUCAUGGAUCUUCUUUUAUCUAGUUAUGUCUCUUUAUACAUAAAACCAAAACGUAAUUAUCAGAUUUCAAGAGUGAUCAUAACUCUUGCUUAUUAUAUUCAUCAUAUGACGUCGGAUAUGAGUUGAGUUUCUGUCUAAGACAUCAAACACAUCUCUGUAAUCUGUAUUAUAUAAAUUCAAUAACUAAUAAGAUUUAUGUUAUGAAAAAAAAAUUAACAAAAAAGGAAAAGAUUUAUGUUAAUAAGAUUUAACCAAUAAUUUUUUUACCAAUAAAUAAUUUUAUGCAUGUAAUCUGUAGUACAUAAAUUCAAUAAUUAAUAAGAUUUAUGUUAACAACAUUUAACCAACAAAGAUUUCUGUCCAUAAAUAGCCCAAAAACAAUGUAUAAAAAAGUAUAUUAAAUCUACAGUUUAGCACAAAACUUUAAUAAAUCACAUAAAUCAAUAAGAAAAUUUGUUAAUGUCGUCUACAACUAUGUCCACCGACCCCAUGAAGGUUGAAGUUCCACCUGUUCUAACGUUGCUGAUGCUUCCUAACGAGUUGAUAUUGAGCUGCUUGGCCCGCGUCCCAAGAUUGUACUAUCCGACUCUCACCCUUGUCUCCAAGAGCUUCCGCUCUCUCAUUAAUUCGCCAGAGCUUUGUAAGACGCGUUCACUUUUAGCUCGCACCGAGAGUUGUCUAUAUGUAUGGUUUCAAUUCCAAAAUGACGAGAACACACAUUGGUUCACUUUAUACCGGAACCCUUAUCAAACCGUCGAUGAUAACUCCCAAACGAAUAAAUUAGGUGGCUAUAAAUUAGUUCCAAUUCCAUCUUUAGAUUCUCCUCCCUCGGCCAUGUCAGUUGUUGCUGCAGUUGGCUCUGAUAUAUAUGCCAUUGGUGGAAGUAUAGAUGGCGUUUCUUCGUCUGGCGUCUUCGUCAUGGACUCUCACUAUCACACAUGGUGUAAGGCUCCAAGCAUGCAUGUGGCUAGGGUGUCUCCUUCUGCUAGCGUUCUUGAUGGAAAAAUUUAUGUGGUAGGAGGAUCCAAAAAUCUUGAUUAUACAAACUGGAUGGAGGUGUACGAUACCAAAACCCAAACUUGGGAGUUUGUACCGAGUCCUGGCGAAGAUAUAGACGGAAGAUUUGGAUACAAAAGCGCAUCAUUGGAAGGAAGUGUCUAUGUGAUGGAUAGGGCAAAAUAUGAGACUUUUAAGCUGAAUAAAGGUAGAUGGAGAGUGGCAGACCAAAAGUUGACUACUGGAUGGAGAUGGGAUUCGGGACAGUUUUAUUAUUGUGUGACAGAGAACGUGUUAUACUAUUAUAGUUCCAUAGAUCUCUGUUGGUAUGACUUUAUUGAUAGACUAUGGAGAGGAGUAAAGGGAUUGGAAGGAAGACUGCCUUGGUAUAGAAGAUUUAGAAAUACUUAUCAUCAUCGAUUGGCAGAUUAUGGUGGAAAGUUGGUGUUUUUGUGGAAAGAGGAUGUGCAUACUGAGAAUGUUCAAAACACAACAUUAGUUUGGUGUGCUGAAAUUUCACUUGAAAGACUACACAGAUCGGAGAUAUACGGAACAGUUGAAUGGUGUGAUGUUGUGUUUACAUAUACGACGCAAGUUGAUCAAGAAAAUACGACGCAAGUUGAGUUAAUGCAUGUUAUUGCUACUACUGCUUGAUGAAUGCUUGAAUCUCCAUUCAACAUCAAAUGAGCUAGUCAUUAAUAUU